UUAUGUUUUUCAUGGUUCUGCCCUUGUCAAAACUCUCCGAAAAUUAAGUGAUUUUUCUCUCUAAAAAAGAAACGAAAAAAAGUUAAAAACUACUUUUAUAAUAAAUUUAGAACCUAAGGAAAGAAAAGUCGUGGAAAAAUGAGCCUCGCAGGUCUCGUAGCUUAUGGAAGUAGUGAUGAAAGUAGUGACGACGAGGAGGUUAUAACAAACCAAGAUACAAAUAAACAAUUAUCAAAAACAACAGAAAUUAAUGCUGUAAAAUGUGUAGAAAAUAAAAAUAAUAAAACUGAAAGAAAUGAGGAAAUAUUGGAUAAUUCCGAUAAUGUACCGGAAACGAAUGCACAAAUUCCCACGAUACAAAGUGUUCCAGUUGCUGAAAAAUCAUUACCAAACGAAAAUAGGAGUCGUAUAAAUUUACCAAUUCCAAAAACACUUCAACCGGAAAAGAAUAUUAAUUCCUCACUUGAUUCUCAAAACAAUGGUACGAUUAAUUUUAACAUUUUACCACAACCAAAGCACAAGGAAAUUGCAAAUUCGACAAUAGAGGAUGACGAUUAUUUUCCUCCUCAAAAAGUGCCUUUGGACUUUAUAGAAAAGCCAGAGAAAAAAGAAAAGGGUCCUGUGAAAAUAUCUGUACCUUCUCUUUCUGAUUUCAAGGACCUCGACAAGGAGAAGGAAGCAAAAUCCAGAAUUAAACCAUCACAAAAAGGAACCGGAUUAUUCUCUGUUCUUCCACCGCCGAGAUCAGAAAUGUUAUUAAAAUCAAAACCAAUGGUUCCCCAUGUGAUUUCAAAGAAGGAAAUUCCCAAGAAAAUAUCAAAACCCCCAACGAAACCUAUCGAACCAAAGAAACCAAAAUCUCAAAAUUCUCUAAUAUCCCAUUACGAUUCGAAUUCCGACGACGAGGACAAUAAUUCAAAAAUCGACUUCUUCUCCUUAUCGACAAACGACGAUAUUCCUAUGUCAAAUAUACCAAUUACGGACAUUGUUCAAGAAACCCUAAAAAAUUCGAAACAAUUCUCAAAAUUGGAAACUCCCCAGCCAAUGUUGAUAGACGAGGAGUCAGACGAAAUUCCCGACAAGAAACUCGUGAGUAAUGUUAUUAAUUUACCAAAGGAGGAAAUUAUUCAAAAGAAUAAAGCAGAAGUUGGACCUAAAUUACCUGUACCCGAGCAAGAGUACAAUAUUGAUUCAACCGGUAAUCUUGUCUUUGAUGAAAAGGCAAUUGAAUAUCUUUGCGGUAAGCGCGGCGCAAAAAGGAAGAAUAAAGAAUUUAAUGAUGUUGAUAUCAUUGAUAUUAAUGGGGAGGAUAUUAAACCAGACGAGCGUGAAUGGAUGGUGAAGGCAUUGACUGAAGAGCCAGUGACGAGGCCAAUUUCACAAGGAGCCGGACCAAGUGGUCAAUCAAAAAAGAAACAUCAAAUUACUUAUUUGGCACAUCAAGCGAAAGCCAUGGAGGUCGAACUCAAAAAUCAAUGGGCGCAAAAUAAACUCACGCGACAACAAACUCAAUCUAAAUAUGGAUUUUAGUUUUCAAUUUUCAAUGUUAAUUUUUUCAAUAUAAUUAUUAUUUUCUAGUUUAAAUCAUAAUUUGUUCUUUUUUGUUUCAAUUUAUCCAAACUAAUUAAAUUGAAACAAUCAUUAAAUGUACGUAAAUUGUUUUAAUGUAAAAAAUGUAAAGUAUUA